AUGAGUAAUUUAUUCACAAAAUCAAUUAAGCAUUCAUAACAGUCAUAACAGUCUUUUUAAUAUCCACAGGAAAGACUUAUGAAGUUAUUAAUAAUGACUAUAUAAAUAUUAUAAGAGAAUUGUAAGCAAUAUUCAUGGGUUUCGUAGGAGAUUCAGGAGGAGACGAGUCAGGAUUAAGAAUUGAUGACAUACCUUGAAGGAUUGAAUAGACAUAAAUUAUAAAUUCAGUAUUAUUCUAAAUAUUAAUUUAGAUAGUCUACACUAUUUUCAUAUAAACGCAUUGUGGAAUUGGAAACAUUGGUUGGUAUUUAAGAGAGAGGAGAGGUCUUUUAAGAGAGGGGGAGGAGGAGGAUGUAAAUGAGAAUGAGAGGGAAGAAGAUGGAAUGGAUGAUUGUUAAAAAUAAUUAAGACUUUGGAAUGUCUUAGUAUUAGGAUUGA